AUGGAGGGGAUCGGGAUCCUGGAGUUUCCGUUGAAUAUACUGGAGGGGAUAUGGGAUGUUGUGAGGAGUAUGCCGGUGCAUAUGUUUUUGUUGGCUUUGGUGGGAUUGGUGAUUGUGGGAUUGGGUUGUAUAUACACACUUUUAUUACUCGUCGCCCCAGUCCCUAGACUGCCCUACCUCUCAGAAAAAACAUACACAACAACUACCCCCUCCGGCACAACAGAAACCAAACCCCUAACCUGCUGGUACGACAGCUGGCUUGCCCACCGCGAAGCCUCCACCUCAAAAAUAAGCCACACUCAAGAAAAGGAUAUCAGUACCGGAGUCAUUGAACCCGCCUCAAUCGAAAUGAGUCUCGUAGUACCCGCCUACAACGAAGAAGAACGUUUAACCGGCAUGCUGGAAGAAGCUCUCUCCGUCCUAGAUAAUACCUACGGUCGGGUUUCCAAAGGCAAAGGCAGCGGAACAGGCUAUGAAAUCCUGCUCGUAAAUGAUGGUAGCAAGGACAAAACCGUACAAGUAGCAUUGGAUUUCUCGAGGAAAAAUAAUCUACAUGAUGUUUUGAGGAUAGUGACGUUGGAAAAGAAUCGAGGAAAGGGGGGAGCGGUCACGCAUGGAAUGAGACAUGUGAGGGGAGAAUAUGCAGUAUUUGCUGAUGCGGAUGGUGCGAGUCGGUUUACAGAUUUGGGGAAAUUGGUGGAGGGGGUGAAAAAGGUGGUGGAUUCUGAGGGGAGGGGUGUUGCAGUUGGGAGUAGAGCUUGGUUGGUAGGGAGUGAGGCAGUUGUUAAGCGCUCCGCUCUCCGCAAUGCUCUAAUGCAUUCCUUUCAUCUCCUCCUACGUCUUCUUACUCCACCCGCCACAUCCCGUAUUCGAGACACACAAUGCGGGUUUAAACUUUUUACACGAGCGGCCCUACCACAUAUUAUUCCUUAUAUGCAUGCUGAGGGCUGGAUCUUCGAUGUCGAAAUGCUUAUGUUGGCUGAAAGUGCACCUGCGACAGGUAGUUUUGUGGGAAACGGGAAGGCGGGAGUUAGUGAUGGAAAAGAGAGAAAUGCUGAGGGAAGGGAAAGAGGAGGGGGCAUAAGGGUAUCAGAACAAGCAAUUGCUUGGCAUGAAGUAGGAGGUAGUAAGCUAAAUGUUAUGUGGGAUAGUUUGGGCAUGGCGUGGGGAUUGGCUGUUUUGAGAGGGGGGUGGGGAAUGGGGGUUUGGAGGAGGAGGUGA